CGGCAAGCCGCCAGUCACACACUUGACUCCGCCGCCUUUCCCUAACAUGCGGUGCUGCUUAUUCAAAAUAUAGCCAGAGUCUUGAUCAGAGAAGACGGUUGCGAUGGCUUUGGAACAGCUCAUUGAUGUAGUCCAGAGAUGUCAAGCAAUCAAGGAUGAAAGCUUCCCACCAGAGGACUACGAUGUAUUCCUUACUGCAGGAAGGACCUGCAUAGAGCAAGGAGACAGUGCACAAGUUCUUAGCAUUCUAGUUGAUGAGAAGAACAAGAAAAUUGUGAGAUGCAUGGGCUGGAAUCUGCUGGGUCCACUGAUACAGAUCCUGUUGAAGAAGGAAGACAAAAACCUUCCGCACUGUCAUGCAAUUCUGUCACACCUACUGGAGGUUUCAAGUCCUAAAGAGCUGCUGAUAGGUUUGCUGGAGCAGGUAGAGGAUGCUGACUCCAGUUCUAUUGCUGACACAGUUACCCUUCUUCUCAAGCCACUACAAAAAGUACUGCUUAGGAUGGGUGUGAAGAAGGCCUCAUCCGUGGGUAUGGCUCUGUCCACGCUGCUCAGUCAGGUGGUUAGACUGCCGGUGCCCGUCACCAAAGAACAGGAGGAAGACGAUGUUUUCGGCUUGUGUCGUUGCUGCACAGCUCUUCUAGAAUUUGUGAAGCCAUUUGUUCUAGAGAUCAAGGAAGUUGUCAAGGAUAACAACAGACUAUCGAAGGACAAUGAGCUCAGAGUGGAACUGCUUAAGUUCUGUAUGAAGAGUCUGAGUGAACCGCUUCUAGAGGUGCUGUUAAAAGAUCCAUACAUGCUCCAGAAGUCCCCUCUGAGAGAAUUUGCUUCGGAGAUUCUGGUUAUUUUGUCAAAUAUUGGGGAGUCACUCCCUGAUUUGUUAAGUCGUAAUAUACUGAAGAGAAAGGAGGUACCAGGCUUUCUUGAAGAGGAGGUCAGAUAUCCAAAGGAGUCAUUGGCCUGCAUGUCUCACCUACUCUUUGUGCAUCAUAUUGGCAUGGACAUUUUUCCUGCUGUACUCAGUCCUGUUUUUAUUCUUCAAUGCAACAUGGAAUAUGUGGAGCUGCUGUUAAACAGAACUGAAGAAUCACGUUUGCAAAAAGGAUUAGAAUUAUAUGAGAAAAGUCUUGUUGGAGUUGAAGAUAACAGUCUACCUGUGGAUCUGUUGGAGCUGAAAAUAUUUUUCAGCGUUCCACAGAACCUAGUUAAAGUUAUGACAUUGUGUCCAGAUCAGACUUUGAGAACUAAAGGCCUUAAAGUGUUCCAGCUGAGUAUCGACAAAUUCAGCACGGAGGCCAAAUACAAGUUCUUCAGAGGCAUGUUGAAAACAAGUCACCAUGCAGGUGUGGAGGGAUAUUUAAUCAAAAACAUCAAAAAUCAGAUCGACUUUUCCCUUAAGCCAUGUAACGGUAAUGAUUGGUUCCUGGGCAAACAUCUGCUGCCUCUGCUACGACUAGUGCUGUGCCUUCCACAGGGACCAGAAACAGACCUUCUGCAGAACUUAGACAGGAUCAUGGAAUCACUCAAUCUCCUCCGAUACAUGCUCAUCAGAGAUAAAGAAUGGGAGAAUGAGACAGGAAUAUGGACUGAGUUUUAUAAGAUUGAGGAUAACUAUCUGAAGCCGCUGCGCACUGGUCUGAACAUGUCUAAAGCACAUUAUGAGGCUGAACUGAAGAGCACUAAAGACAAUAAGAAGCUUAGUUCAAAAGACUCUAAAACACGCACUUGCACAGUAACCGUUGGCAAUGAAAAGCUACCCAACAUGUCACCGGAAAUGCAAAUUCAGGUUCUGCAGUCAGCUCUCUUCACAUUUGACUUGAUAGAGAGUGUGUUGGCAAGAAUCGAGGAGAUUAUUGAAGCUAAGGACAUACCCUUGUCAUGAACCCAACAGUGUCAGGCUCUGAUGUAAAACUGUAUUAUCCAUAAAGCUAAUGCUGUCAUACCUCUUAAAAUACCGGAUCCUCAAAAAACCCUUAACCAAUCAAAAGGGAAAGUUUUCUGAUAGUUCUAGGUUGGGUUCAAUCUAUGGACUACACGUGAUUCAUUUUGGACAAGUUAUACACAUCUGAAUUGUAUUUUACUGUAUCCUUCAAUACUGGCAACACUCACUCUCUUUUGUAGACUAAACAAUUCAGCAGCAUCUAUUAUAAUAGUAACAUUAUCUGAAUGUUUGUAAUUCACUUUUUUAUGACAUUUUCAAGGACUUGAUCACUUGAUUGAUAGCAUUGUAUAAGUCUGUUUGUACAUGUAUUCUGAUAUUAACGUAGAAAUUGAAAUCUUGAUUUGUCAAUUGUGUUACAUGACGAUAAAUGUUUAUUAUUAUUUGCUAACA